UCUACAUCUACAAGUCAAGGAAUAUUCAUCUGACUCCAAAAGCCAUUGCAGCUUUUAAGAAUGGGCAACACAUUAAGAGCAAUUAUAGCCUUUCUCCCAUUUGAUGAGUGCCAGAAAUACAUCCUAGGAGACCUUGAAGAGAUGCCAAUUGAUAAAAUGUUGGAUCUCAGUGGCAGGCAAGUGAGACGGUUUCCUGUGUGUGUUUGCUCUUUCAGGGAACUGGUCAAGCUGUACCUGAGCAACAACAACCUGAAUCAUCUGCCCCCUGAAUUAGAAGAGUUACAGAACCUUCAGAUCCUGGCACUGGAUUUCAACAAUUUCCACACACUACCCCAAGUGGUGUGCACCUUGAAACAGCUGUGUAUCCUUUAUCUGGGCAAUAACAAACUGGGAGACCUACCUGCAGAAAUGCAUCAGCUCCAAAACCUCAAGACUUUAUGGAUUGAAUCCAACUGCCUGUACAGCCUGCCCAACGUAGUGUGUGAGCUGAAGCACCUCAAAACACUGCAUGCUGGAUCCAAUGCACUGCGCUCUCUGCCCGAACAGCUACAGUAUCUGAAGGAACUGCGUACUAUCUGGCUCUCCAGCAACUUACUGACCGAUUUCCCACCAGUGCUUUUGCACAUGCCUCUCCUGGAAGUGAUUGAUGUGGACUGCAAUGCCAUUCAUGAUUUCCCCAGUCUUGUCCACCUGAAUGGUUUGAGAUUGGUGAUCUAUGACCACAACCCCUGUAGAAAUGCACCCAAAGUGGCUAAGGGGGUACACAGAGUUGGGAGAUGGUCUGAGGAGAGCCCUGAGCCUAGGAAGCGAUCUGGGAUGGACAAGGAAAAAGGAAUAAAUGAUAUUAACUCCCUGCUGCCUCCCCCUCCUCCUCUCUCCUGUAAACUGUCCAAUUAAAGAGCAAGAACAUUCCUCAACCACCAAAGACUGAAGAAUUAUUAAUGCCUAUGGCUACCUCUCAGAAAUGCUCAACAGGACGAUUGGAUUGGCUUUUGCUUUUGCAGGCUUGCAUGAAGGUGACAUUGGCAGAGUAUCACUUGUUCCAGUGGUAUGUAUGUAUCUGUAUGCCUGCACCUGCACAGUAGCUAUUUCAACACUUGUAGCAAACGCGUAGUUGGAGAGUUCAGAACAGAGACGGCAGUCAGCAGCUGUAAUGUUAUAUAACUGCUUCUUUUCCCAGGAAUCAAAAUGGAAGGCUAAAACAAUGCAGAUGAAUCAGAUGACAGGAUGGCCAUUUUUUAUUUAAACAGAUGUUGAAUGAAUUUAUUGUAUUUUCCCUGUCAAUAAAUUAUAGCACUGGACUCUUAAUAAUAGAGGCAUUGUCUAGAAGCAUCCUGAAAACAUUUUGAAACCUUUUAUCCUGUCUAUAAUUAUUGGUUAAUAUAAAUAAGCAACAUUUCAAACUAGCUGCUAUUUAAAUAAGGUCUUCCAAUCAGAUCCUAAAAUGUUCUUAAGAGUUAUUAAAGUCUGGAUAAAAAUGAUUUGGGAUUUUUUCUCUCAUACUUUUAUGGUUUACCGUGCUUCAUUUCUUUUAAUGUAUUUAUACUCAGCUCACUUUGUUAAUUACAGUGCAGCUGAGAAAUAUUUUAACUUUUAUUCCAUGUUUUUAUGGAAAGUAAAUCACAAACACACUCUAACUCAUCUAUUUAUUUGUUUUCUGCCUUUAUUUUUACAAAUAGUAAA